CGACCGUUUGACCUGUGCACGUGAUAUUGAACUCAGCAGCACAGAAGAGAGCACGUGAGUUUGGCUAACAACUUAAAACAUAAGUGUGAACCAUCAGGAUGUCGGACAGCGAGUCCAUUAAGAAAAUAUUGCGGUCUGUACUUCAGUCCAGCAAACACGGGGUGUCUUUUAGCACCCUCCAGUCAUACUACAGGUCACUGUGCGGAGAGAACAUCCCGCUGAAGAAGUUGGGCUACUCCAAACUGGAAGACUACCUUGCGAGCAUCCCCUCUGUGGUCUGCCUGGAGUACCGCAUGGGUGAGAUGAAAUGCUUUGCCGCAGUGUGUGGAGAGACGGCCCACAUUGCUGAGCUGGUGGCCAAGCAGAAGGACGGCAAGAAAGCUGGCCCCUCCCGAUUUGUGAACUGCAAGAUGAGAUUCAAACCGUCCAACUCGUACAUGCUCAACGUGAGGCCAAGGUCCAGUCUCCGCCAACCCACAGUUGUUGGUGCCAGUAACUGGACAGCAAACCGUUAUCGUUCCAAUACAGGCUAUAGAGGCUUCAGCGCCGCAGGAGACUACAGGCAAUUGAACCAAAGCAUCAGCUCUCACCUGCCUGUCCCAUGCAGACAACCAGUUUUUCAACUUGUUCCUCAACCAACUGACCAACCAGCUCAUCAAACAGCUGUACAACAGUGUUUGGUGCCUGACAGGAAAAAGAAGAGCUUGGGAAACAGUAAGAAGCCCAGUGAAUAUUUCAAAUCAAAGCCUCUUGAAAAGGUCUCCAGCCGUGGUCAACCCAAGUCUGGUCUGUAUGACGUGAAGCUGAUCCAGAGCAGAAUAACUGAACUCCUGAUGAUGUACUACAGUGGACUGUGGAUGUCUAAACUACCCGCCAUCUACAACGACAUGUUCAAUCAGAAGCUCCACCCUCAGGUGCUCAUAGAUCUGGAAAAGUGGACUCACAUCGCUUUGGUGGAAAAAACUCCCAACCGAGCGGACCACCUCAUCUACCCUCCUCUGCCCCCUAAGCCUUGUACUGUUCGUAACAGUAGCACCGCCAAUGGGUCUCGAGCACCACCCACCGAUUCAAGAAGUAUCACCAAACCUGUUUCUGCCUGUCCCCCAACCUCCGACGCACCUUCCUCCACCACCCCCCUCAGGCCUUCCCCUGUCCCUAAACCUAGUCUCUCCCCCUUGGCUAAGCCCACCUUCAUUUUUCCUCCACAACCUGUCACUGCCUCUCCAGCUAAACCGUUGUCUUCAGUCACAUUGCGCAGUCCCGCCCACAAUCCAGCACAUGCUCCACAUUUGCAGCCUUUUGUUAAUGCCAAUGAUGGAGAUGGAGAUAAUCACAACUUUCCUACAACUACCCACAUUCAAAACACUCAUUCCCUCGCCCCUACCUGGACUUGCCUGGCAUCAACUAAAGCUCCUACAUCACCUUCUUCCCUCCAUCCUGGCCCUGAGAGUUUACCCAUUUUAAAGGCCACCUUCUCAAGUACCUCUGAUGCCGUCCCUUGUCCUCGCUCGAAAGCUUCUGCUGAAGUUGCGUCUGCUGAAGUUGCGUCUGCUGAAGUUGCGUCUGCUGAGGUGCGUCAGAGAAUAAAGGAGCUUCUGUUAAAGUACAGUCAAGGUCUGUGGGCCCACGCUCUGCCCAAACUGUUUGUGGACACGUACAAGACGCCAUUCCCCGAACAGGUUCUGAACAACUUGUCUCUUCUGCUGGAUAUAUGUACUGUGGAAUACCCUGUUCCUCAUGACAAGAAGAAGGCCAUUCUGUAUUACUCCAGUAAAGACGACAUAAAAGCCGCAGACAGCCAGGCAAGCCAGCCGUCUAGGAGCCGUCUCCUUCCCUCUGGUCUGGAGGUCCUGGGUCCUGUGGUGCCUCCAGGUCUGCUUCUUCCUUCAGAGCAGUACCCUUCUGUGCUCGUUACUGAGUCCAAGGGCAGCAAUGCUGUUACUUUAAGGUAUGUAGGUGAGACAUUUUCCGAUUCCCAGGAGGCCAUGGAGGAAACAAUGCGCACUUUCUACUGCAAAGGCUCCACCCACCAUCUUCUGUCUAAACCUGUGGUUGGCCAGCUGGCAGCCGUCAGAGGGGAGGAUGGAGAGGAGUUGGCAAGAGCUCAAGUCAUAGAGGUUAUGGCCCCUAACAUGAUCAAGGUGUACUACGUGGAUUACGGCUUUUGUGUGGAAACCAGCGGGACUAAUCUGCUGGAGCUGCACCAGGACUUCCUCUCUCUGCCCUUCCAGGCUAUCCGUGUUAGACUCGCAGGUCUCGAGGCCUUCAGCUCCCAUCCACUGGUGCUGUCUUCUGUGGAUGAGUUGGCGGUCGGAAAGAUCCUGCUGAUGGAGACCGUGGAGCCCUGUCAAGAGAAUGAGACGCCUGUGGCUGUGCUGUACGACACUUCUCAGGAUGAAGACGUCAACAUCAACUCCGCCUGCCUGAAGGCUCUCCAGGACGUCACUAUGAAAAACCCUCUGACUGUAAAUGCUACCUAUCAGGAUGUGUAUGUCACAAAUGUGUGUGCCGAUGGUAUGAUCUAUUGCCAGCUGCCCUCCAGAGGAACCGCACGACUCAAUAAGUUACUGGAAGAAACAGAGACCUUCUUCCUCUCCCAGAUGACGUCUGAGUCCUUGGUGUCCAGACCCUUCAGUGGCAAGGUCUGCCUAGCCCGUCACAAAGGAAUGUGGUCCAGAGUGGAGAUCACCAACAUAUUUGGCAACAGAGUGAUUGAGAUCCUCUUCAUCGACCUGGGUGUCCAAGCUACUGUAGAGGUCACUGAUCUCCGAGAGAUCCCCUCUCCUUUCCUGGAAAACUUCAUCGUCAUCCCACCACUGGCUAUGAAAUGUUGCCUGGCUGACCUCACAGUUCCAGAGGGAGACUGGAGCCCAGAGGCCGUCCAGUUUGUGAAGGAGGCAGUCCUGGGCUCUGAUAACUGUAAAAUGAAGAUCCACAAAUUAGACCAGCACAAAGGGAACUGUCUGAUCUACAUGUACCUCUUCAUUGGUGCUGACAGUCAGGAGCUGGACAAGAGCAUCAACCAUCAGCUGGCCAAGUCAGAGCUGUGGCAGCAACUCACAACACAGAACAACAACAAUAACACAAUCAUAAGCAAUACUGGCAGCGUGGAUUCAGGUCUGUGUGCUUUAGUGGAAAAGUUGACUCUGAGCAGCCCUGUCCCAUACCCCAUCAUCAAGACUUCAAGCCAAGCUCAUCUCGGGGCAGGGGACUGUUCUCCAGACACGACCACCAAAAAUGAGAUGCAGCCUCUUCCCAUGCCUCCGCCACUGGAGUUCCCCCAGCCUGGGCAGAAUAUGGAUGUGUUUGUGCCAGUGGCAUGCCACCCUGGUUACUUUGUGCUGCAGCAAUGGCAGGACCUGCAUAAGCUGGUGGUGUUGAUGGGGGAGAUGGUUCUUUAUUAUAACCAGACGUCCAAGAUCAACUCAGCCCCACGAAUUGAGAAAGGAGGGAUCUACGCCACCAAAAUAGACAAGAAUUGGCACCGCGUGCAGGUGAAGGGGAUUCUGGCCAACGGCUUGGUUUCUGUCUUCGAGUUGGAUUACGGCAAACACGAGCUGGUCCGUAGUACUUUCCUCAAACCUCUGAUAGAGGAAUUCAGACAGCUGCCGUUCCAGGCUAUAACCGCACAACUGGCAGGUAUGACACAGCACCAGUGGUCGGAAGAGGCCUCCAUGUUGUUCAGGAACCACGUGGAGGACCGAGCACUUGUCGCCCAGGUGGAGAGUGUGUUCGAAGUAAAACGUGAACUCUGGGAACGCAGGCUGACUGUUUACCUGGUGGACACUACAUCUGAGGAACGGGACCUGUGGAUUCACAGCCUCAUGGCCGACAUCGGCGGAGAGCUGUCAUCAGCUGCCUAGAACGUCUUAACAUGCCCAAUUGUAAAUGGUUGUAUCUUCCUAGUUAUGUUCAUAUAGUGAAGGUUUUAGUUACCUAUGUGUUUCAUUGUUUUGUUUAAUUACUGCACUUCAUUUUUGAAUAUAUAUGCUUUGAAAUAUAUCUAUUAAAUUACUCGACAGCAAGUGUAUAUACAUUUUUUUUUUAAACAGUACUCAUUGGAUCAGCAUGUUUACUGCUUGACUUGGAUAAGUUAUUAGCAGUCUGUAGUUGGACUUAUAAUGUUUUACUGUUCACAUGUUAAAGGUGUUCUUCAGCCUCUGUUCUAAUUAAACACACAGCCAUACAAGGCUGUACUUUGAA